UACCUCCUCCACGGCCGCUCAGCCCCCCUCCUCGUCCUUGUUGGCGCGCUCCGCGGUCGUGACCUCCGCUUGCUGUUGGUCUCGCCGCUGCCGCCCCCGCGGCGGCGGCUACUUCCGCUGCUGCUGCUGCGAGUUGUGCCGGUGUUGCUGCCCCUGUUGCGGCCUCUGGUGCCGCUGAUACUGCCAGUGCUGUUGAUGCUGGUACUGACCCCUCACCCACUUGAGAGGAUAGCUCUGCUGGAGCUGCCCCCCCGCGUGCUUGGGAGGCUUCAUGAGCACGGGCUUUACCCUUGCCUUUGCUGGGAGGGUGCGGGACGGGUACCGCCGCCACUGCUGCUGCUGCUGCUGCUGCUGCUGCUGUUGUUGUUGUUGUUGUUGUUACGAGCUCUGUUGGUGCUGUUGCGGAUCCUUCUCCUACGGCUAAGAAUGGUGGUGCCCGAGCUUCUUCUCCAUCUACUCGAGAGUGGUCACCCUCAUCGUCCAAACGAGGAGGCGACUGCUGUUGCGUACCGGCGGGAGGUGGAGUGGACUCGCCUAUGGUUGGUGCCGCCGUGCUUGAUGAACCACCAGAACCCCCACUAACGUCGACAUCGCCGGCGGAUGACGCGCUUCUGGCAUCCGCACUGCUUCCCUCGCCACUAUGGUCUUCACUCUCCCGUGGCCGCUUUGAUGAGGGGUGGGCUGGCGGGUGCCGGGAAAGCAUCCUUGCGAACGCGGCCGCCAGGGAAGGCGACUUUUGUUCGGAGGAGGGGGAGGGGGACGGGGAAUUGGUGGGACGCGCCGUGCGCAAGGAGUUCCCUUUCGGGCUCCUGGAGGGGAAGGUGGCCUUCUGCCACCGGCCGGACGGGGACGCUCUGCUGGUCCGCGUGGAGUACACCGACGGCGACUCCGAGGACCUCCCUGAGGAAGAGGUCCGAGAUCUCCUCCUUCCCCCGUCCCAUUCCUCCCCCACUACCGCUCGUCCGUCGUCCUCGUCCUCGUCAUCUCAAUCUGCUGCUACUGCUACCGGCGCCGGCAGAGGCACCGUGAUCGUCACGCCCCCGACCCCGGCAGCCCGAGGCCCCGCGGCGGCGGCGGCCGCGGGUGGGGGGGCCAGGGUUUCCGCUGCCAAAGGCGUUGCUGGGGCUCGUUCCUCGAGGCGCGAUUCCCCCGAGAAAGGGGCUUCCUCCGGCAGGAAAAAGAAGAGGGCAUCUUCUUCCUCGUCCGGCGGAGGUGGUAGCAGCAAGAAGGCCGCAGUGGCUAACGGCGUUGCGGCGGAUGAGGGCGGCGGCGGCUGUGUUGUUGUCCCCGCCUCGGCAGUUUCGCGCCGCAAGGCGGGGAGAGUGGAAGACGACCGUGGAAUGGUGGGGAGAGAAAUCUGGAAGACCUUCAGCGGCGUGCCCUACCACGGAACCGUGGCCUACGCGCACGUCUUGGUCGACAGCGGCGAGGUGCUUUAUCACGUGCUGUACGAUGAUGGCGACCAAGAAGACAUGGAGCACGCCGAGAUCAUCCGGCAUUUACCUCCGGAAAGCCCGGAAGAGGACGAGGAGGACGAGGACGAGGGGGACGAGGACGAGGACGAGGACGAGGACAAGGAACAGGAGGAGGACGAGGAGGAGGAGGACGACGAGGGAGAGCACGAGGUGGAGGAGGAGGAGUAUAACGAAGGCGAUGGGGGCAAGACCAGGGUGGUCAACCCCGCCGCUGAGCCCGCAGGCGCUCCUCGUGGCCCCGCCCCUGCCUCUGGCGGAAAGGUGGCGCCUCCUUCAUCGGCGGUGAUUCUGAUCAAGAAGAAGAAAAAGAAGGCCACUAGCAGCAGCAGCAGCAGCAGCAGCGGCAACGGCGGCGGCAGGUCGCGAGAGGAUGCGAAGGAGGGGGAGGACGGGGUACACGGGUCGGCGGCGUCGAAGUUCAACGACUUUAUGGAUGGGCUUAUCAUGUUCGACGGCACCGAUGAGCCCGCCACCGGCGCUGCCGCCGCAUCAGCAGCAGCGGUAGCAUCGUCAUCCUCCGUUCAGGCAGGGGGCGGUGGCCGAGGCGGAGGUGGUGGAGGCGACGGGGCUGCGGGGCUUCUCCGGCGGGAGGUGUCUCGCGCGUACACGGCGGUGGCUACGGCGGGACGGGCCGUGGCCGAGGCCAGCGUGGACGCCCUCGCUUUGCUACUGAGACUCAUGGAAGAGCAGGUGCGGCAAGGGCUUGCUGUUGACGCUUUUCCCAUGGCGGCCACCUGCAGCGACGGUCAAGGAAUCGGGCGCUGGGGGCAGGAGGGUCCGGAGGCACUCGCCAGCGUGGAGAACUCCCUUGAGGCCUGCCUGGUCUGCCUCAUGAUCGUCACGUGUCCGGGUCUUGACCGCAAGCUGUGCUCGGACGAGCUGAUCGACCACUGCAUCGGAUUGUUCAGGCACCACCUUGCGAGGCAUGUCGCACCAGUGCUCGACCCAGCGUUAGCCAUGUCCAUCGCGAAGGGGGGAGAUGGCAGCACCGGCGGAAACUCAGAGCCCGAGGGCAGCGGGAGGUCUUCCUCCAGCAAGGCCAAGGGCAAGAAGGCCAAAGGGGGUGGGGGUAGCAAGGGAGGGGCCCAACAGAAGAUGAGUCUCGUCGAUGACGAUGAUGAGGACGACGACGACUUCGACGACUCGAGGCUAGAGAGGCGGCUGCGAGAAGUUUCUAGGAAGCUUGUCUCCGGCGGCGCGCUGGGCAAGGCGUACGAGGCGCUGGGGCUGCUGGACUCGCUCGUGUCUCGGGUAAGACUGGAGGACAACGUGCUUCUGCAGCUAUGCAGCGCUUGCAAGACCUGCCUCGUGCUGGAGGCACCCUCGCCGGCAGACAGGCGGGGGGAGGGGACGUCAAGACUGCAGCCCCUGCAGCAAGGAGCGCUGGGAGUUCUCCAGACGGUGUCGCGAAAGUACGUGUCAUUUCGCCCCCUGCUGAUCGAAGACGUGUUCGGGCUCUUGCUCAAGAUGCCAACCGGGAGGCGGCAGCUGAGGACCUUCCGCAUCGCCCACGUUCCCGAUGCCAUCGGCGGGGCCAACGGUGGCACGGACGGUUACAUCCAGAACUUGACCGCCCUGGUGAUGCUCAUGGUGCAGUCUUGCGUGACUUCCCCCCCGCAAGCGGCGGGCGGCGUUUCAGUGGCGGAGGCCGGGGAAGGAGCAGGAGGGGGGGAUUCGAAGGCGGAGAGGAGGAGGAGCCAGCAGCUGCAGAAGAAGCGGCAGCAAGAGCAGCAGCAGAGCGGCCUCAACCCUGCGAGGAAUGCGGCCACGUACUUCGUCUCGCGGUUCCUUUCCAGGUGCGGCGCGUUGGUGAAGGACCUCAAGGACCAGAAAGGCGGCACUUCAGGCGCGAGGGACCAGCAGUACUGCCUCAUGGCCAUGGAUGUCCUCGGACGGGUGGCCGGUGGCUUGGCGGAUAUCACCAGGGGCACGGGGGGCGAGGAGGGCGGGGUGAUGAUGCUCGACUGUGACCGGUGUCACCGCUGGUUCCACGGCCGCUGCGUUGGCAUCACCUCGCAGGAGGACUGUCCCGAGGAGUGGUUCUGCGUGGACUGCACCAUUCUCCGACAGGUUACCGCUCAGAAGCGCGCCCACGCCAACAGACAAAGCACGGAGUUCGGCGAUGAGGCCGGAAGCGACGAUGAGGGUGCGGGAGGCGGCGGCAAAACUGUCGCUUUUGAGGUGACCGACCUCGAUGUAUUCAGGCAGCUGGUGCUCAACAGACUCACGGCAGACGACGGAGCCAGCCGGAGCGCUCAGAGGUCCGCAGGCAGUGCCGGACUCGGCUCGUCGCCAUCAUCGUCAUCCAGACACGGCCGGAGUGUUGCCGUCAGGGGAGGGGGAGGGGACGACGGCGGGGAACGAGGGUGGGGGUGGCAGGCGAGGCAGACGCAGCUGGCGCUGUGGAUAGAGGAGGCGCAGAGAGGGUGA